AUGAAGUCCCAGGAGGUAUCCAACAAAGGCCAGCCUCAUUCUCAACCAGCCAAAGCUGAACAACCAAAGGCAGAACCCAAAACAAAUCCAACAGCUUCCAAGAAAGAGCCAGCCAGACCAGAUCAAAAAAACCCCACGACUCCCCGCAACAAAAAAGAAACAGACAAAUGUCCUCGCUGCGGAGGCACCGGAUUUCUCGCUCAAUGUCACUCUUGCAGUCUCGGGACAGGAGUUGGAUUGUGA